AUAACCUAUCCCCACCAAACCUUGACAAUUCAUCAUAAUAUCAGUAUUGCUUCAAUUCAGUCUUCAAUCUGUUCUUAAUGAUUUUGUAUUUCAUUAUAAAUGUGCUGAUAAAUGGAAACCAAUAGUGAAAUAGACGAUCCAUUUAAACAGUUCUCCAUUUCUGACAAUUGGUCUAAACUUUUAGAAAAAGAUGAAAGAGACUUUUGUCCUAAAUGUAAUAAGUCUCGGAUGUACUUUUGUUACACUUGUUACGUUCCAAUGAACGAUUUCAAAGUUAUCACUCCUAGAGUCAAACUUCCUCUUCCUCUUGAUAUAAUCAAACAUCCAAAAGAAAUCGAUGGAAAAAGCACUGCAGUCCAUGCUGCGAUAAUUAGCCCAGAGGAUGUUAACAUUUACAUUUAUCCUUCUAUUCCAAACUACAACGAGUUAUCGAAUGUUAUUUUAAUUUUUCCUAGUAAAGAUGCUCUUUGUUUGGAAGAGAUUGUUAAACAAACAUCAUUAUUGAAAGAGGAAGAAGAUGCUGAACAAUUGUUCAGUCGAGUUGUUUUUAUUGAUUCUACUUGGAACCAAUGCCGAACUAUUCUUAAUGAUUCAAGAAUCAAAGGAUUGCCUCGUGUGGUGCUUAAGAAGAGGGAAUCGCAGUUCUGGAGGCAUCAGAAAGGCAGCCCGAUAACGCACCUUGCCACAAUUGAAGCUAUUCACCAAUUUCUUGUUGAAUACCAUAGCUACAGCUCUGGUAGAAAUGAGUACGAUGGACGCUAUGAUAACAUAUUGUUUUUUUUCAAGUUUAUGUAUCACAAGAUACAUUCAUUAUAUGACCAUAGUGAUCUGUUAUCAUAUAAAAGACCAAUGCUGCAAUAAAUUUUAUAUUUUUACUUUUA